AUGAGCUUGGCAUUCGUAAUCCAGUGCGCCUUUUCAGGGGGCAAUCCGUCAAAGCUCAGCAGCGAGUUGGUGUCGGAAGAUGGAAUCGCAAAAACUCCGGAUCAACGCACGUAUCCAGUCGCAGUCAAGACGCUCAACCUCGCCGACUUUUUUGACUGCCUCGACGCUCCCGGCUAUCCUUCCGAUCAGAUCAUCUAUGCUGUGGAUCGACAGGGCGUAUACAUCGAGAAUGACAUGGGCGACGUCCUCGACAACGCACGACGCUCGACCGAAGAUUGCAACCAUGUCGUGACCGACGAAACGACCGUGUUGGACCAUCUCACCUUCUUUCAUGGGCCCAGCCUGGGCGGACGCUCGGUGUCCUUCGCGGCCGGGGACGAGACGAUCGUCGGAUCCAAUAUCGCCGCAGACCAGUCCGACCCGGACCCAGCUGCAGUCUUGCCAGUCCAGCCCAUCAGUCCCGACUUUUGGGCAGCAAGACACGGCGCAGACUUUUGCGGGGAAUAG